GCUCCAGCUCCCCCGUUCAACUUUAGAUCAAACCCAUCGACUUCAAGUCAUACUAUACAUAAUGUCCGAUCAACCAGAAUCCCUCAUAUCUCCCAAGAACUCCGACUCUGGCCUCCACAUCCAACUCCACCCUUUGAUCCUCCUCACCAUAUCUGACCACAUCACCCGCCAUGCCGCCCGCUGCCAGCAGGGGCCUAUCAUCGGGGCGCUUCUAGGCCAACAGAACGGACGAGAAAUUACACUGGAGCACGCUUUCGAGUGCGUGGUGGGAGAAGGGCCAAACGGUGAAGUUCAGAUUCCUCACGACUGGUUCGUGGAGCGAGUCAAACAAUUCAAAGAUGUACACAAAGCUCCCGCUCUCGACCUCGUCGGCUGGUGGUCAACCGCUCCUCCAUCCGGCCCUAAUACCUCCCACCUUCCCAUCCACCGCCAGAUCCUCCAGAACCACAAUGAGUCCGCCGUGUUCCUCGCCUUCCACCCGUCCCUGGUGCAAGGGGCAUCAUCCAACGGCGGCAAACUCCCCGUGACCAUCUACGAGAGCGUGUACGAGGGCGAAAAUGCGGCGGAAAGCGGCAAGACGAUGCAGGUGGACGGCGAAGAGCAAUCUCUCACGAUCCGAUUCCGGGAGCUGCCCUACUCCGUCGAAACCGGGGAAGCCGAGAUGAUCGGUAUUGAUACAGUCGCGCGGACAGCCCGAAAUGCGGCCGUAGAUUCCCAAAGUACAUCGCAAACUAUCGGGAAGGAUAUCAAAGAGCAGCCUACGGAGUCGACCCUACUUUCUCCGGAGGAGGAAGAACUAAUCGCCAGUCUCACCACCCGCCUCAACGCCGUCAGGGCCCUGGAAUCCCGCAUCUCGCUCAUAAAGGCCUACGUCGCCAGCGUAGCCUCUGAAGGCGGAAACGAGGACACCCCGUCAACCGCCACCCUAUCCCACCCCAUCCUCCGCAACAUCAACGCCCUCCUCUCCCACCUCACCCUCCUCACCCCGCAAGAACAAAGCGCCUUCACAGCCGAAGCCAUCGCCCAAAGCAACGACGUGCACCUGGUCUCCCUCCUCGGACAACUCGGCCAGAGCAUCAGCGCCAUGCGCGAACUCGGCAAACGAACCGCCAUCAUGAACAACAUGAGACGCACGAUGGUACCCCGUAAAUCGCAGCUAGCGAUGCAGGGUCGAUUCGGGGACGAAUUCUUCUCGACUCGGGACGGAGUGACUCAUGGAUAAAAUCUCGACACAUACCUAGAUAGAUAGUAUUUAACGAAAUGAAUUAACGAUCAUAUUACUUAG